AUGAAAUUCAUAAAAAAAGAGGGAGGGGUUUCGUGGGUUCGUCACAGAGACAUACAUUUAUUAACGGUCGGACGUUAUACAUACACGAGCGAUCAAAGAUUUCAAACAAUACAUUUACCACAAACAGAAGACUGGACGCUCCAGGUGAGAUACCCGCAAAGAAGAGACUCCGAAUGUACGAGUGCCAAAUUAAAUAAAUUAAACGGUUUAGACAAACGCGUCAGAAAACAUUAA